CGAGACACAAAUGCAGCAAUCCUCUCACUUUUACUCAUAAUUGAACCACGUUUGUACUCGUGACGCUGCAAUAGCGAAAAGGAAACCCUUUGAUUGAAGUUACUGGUCGUGAUGAUGAUGAAUCUGUGAUCAAUGUUCAUAUAUUUCGAUCUGUUUUUGUUGUUCUCAAAUUUGGAACGGAAGAAUUUAUUUUGAAUCAAGGGAGAAAGGGGUUAGGGUUUGUGGAUCGGGUACACAGAGAAAGCAGGGGAGAUGACGGAGGUUAUGCUCCAUAUAUAUGAUGUGACGAAUAGUGGUUCAGAUAAUACUAACAACACCAUCGUUCAGAUCAACAAGAUUUUCAAAGACGGCAUCGGUCUCGGCGGCAUUUUUCACAGCGCAGUUCAGGUUUAUGGAGAGGAUGAAUGGUCUUUUGGGUUCUGUGAGCAAGGCACUGGAGUUUUCAGUUGCCCUGCCAGAAAGAACCCAAUGUACACAUAUCGUGAAUGCAUUGUUCUUGGGAAAACAGACUUAUCUAAAUACAAGGUCAACCAGAUCCUGAGGGAACUUAGCAGAGAAUGGCCUGGAAACUGUUAUGACUUGCUGUCAAAAAACUGCAAUCACUUUUGCAACGAGCUCUGUGAAAGACUUGAUGUCCCUAAACUUCCAGGUUGGGUGAACAGGUUUGCUAAUGCUGGUGACACUGCUGUAGAAAUAGCAGAAAGCACAGCUAUUCGGUUCAGACAAGCGAAAACCGAGAUUGUGACAGCUAGCAAGGUGGCAUAUCGAUUUCUUUCUGGGAUCGCUUCAAAUUCUACGACCCCAGUCUCUCCAGAUUCCCCUGGCAAUGCUAACAGAAACAGCCCGAGAUUCCAACAACCUGCUUGGUUUAAAAACCUCGUGGCUGCUGGAGCCAAGCCAUCAACUAGUGUCACGCUUGAAAAUGGAGACGAUGAAGUUGUGCACCCUCAGAGGCCACAAAGACAAGAAUACGAAACAGCAUCCCUACGGUCACUUGAGAUGUAGAACUUUUGUUACUGCUUUCUUUGUGUAUUAGUUUUAUAGACCCUAUGUUUUCGGUAUUUAUGUAUGGAUUUGUUACUGUUUCUUUCCAUUCAUGCCAAAGUUUGUUUGGACUGUAUUUUGAUAUUCCUUUCUUGGAUGACCGAAAACUUGCCGUUUUAUCAAAUGCAUAUAUAUACUUCAACUGUGGCUGC